CCCAUCGCCAAGUCCUUCUACGACCUGAGCGCCACCUCCUUGCAGGGGGAGAAGGUGGACUUCAACGCCUUCCGGGGCCGCGUGGUCCUCAUCGAGAACGUGGCGUCCCUCUGAGGCACCACGGUGCGGGACUACACCCAGCUCAACCAGCUGCAAGCCCGCUACCCCCGGCGGCUGGUCGUGCUGGGCUUCCCCUGCAACCAAUUUGGCUACCAGGUAAGUCCCCGGGGGGGGCCACCGCGGUGGCCGGCACCGG